CCAUCUCUCCAACUUCUCCUGAUUCCAGAAAUGGCCUCCAUGUUUUCACCAUCCGAGAUGUCCAACAUUGCAUCAACAUUGCUCUCCACCUACGCCUCCUUAACCGGAACCUUAAUGCUCCUCCGAUCCAUGGCGAGCGAGCUCAUUCCUGAGCAGCUCAGAUCUUACUUCUUCUCCUUCUUUCACUACCUCUUCACUCCUCCCUCUUCCAACCUCACUCUCGUUAUCAACGAAUCCAGCGGCAUGUCAAGUAAUGAAGUCUACAAUGCCGCCGACCUCUAUCUCGCCACCAAGAUCAGCCCCAAAACAGAGCGGCUCAGGCUGAGCAAAACCGAGAGGCAAAAGAAUUUCGCGAUCUCAAUUGAAAAGGAUGAGGAGAUCGUCGAUAUUUUUGAGGGAAUUGAGUUGAAAUGGAGGUAUAACUGCAUAGAGCCUCGGGAACAGUAUUCUGCAGAGAAAAAAUUCUUCGAACUCAGCUUCAACAAGAAGUGCAAAGAUAAAGUCGUCGACUUUUAUUUACCUCAUGUUUUGGCCAGGGCUAAACAAAUCAAAGAAGAGUCCAAAGUGGUUAGGAUCUAUAGUCGUGACUGUCCACGCGAUGAUGAUGAUACAGGCAUCUGGGGUUCCAUGAUUCUUGAGCAUCCAGCCACAUUUGAUACCGUAGCCAUGGAUCCAGAGCUGAAGAAGAUGAUAAUCGAUGAUUUGGAGAGGUUCGUGAGGAGGAGGAAGUUCUACAAGAAAGUGGGGAAGGCAUGGAAGCGAGGAGUCCCUGCUUCAGUUGAUGUUCAGAAAAUUUGGAAUAUGGCAAAUUGAUGUAGUGUAAAUAAGACCAACAAGGUUGAUUCUAAUAUACAUAUCCCUUCUCAUAAGAGUAAAGGAUUUUUUUUUUUUUUUGUAAAUUGUCUUGAACAAAGUAGAAAGACAAUAACUAUGUUAAUAAAAAAUACUAUUAAAU